UUCAUCAAUUUCAUGACAAGAUUAUUUAUAUGCUACAGGUUUUACAAUCAGUAAUGAAAAAAAAAAAUUAAAGAGAUUUAAAGUUAUAUUUAUUUGUUUUUGUGUUAUCCAGGUUUUAUUACAUUUUAAUUAUUUGUGGGCCAAUCCUCAAAUUCCAAAAGAUGCAAUUGACAUCGGAUCCACGCAGAGCUGACCGCGAGCGUCGCUACAAGCCGCCACCGCCGUCAUCAGCUCCUGCUGAGGAUCUCACCACAGACUAUAUGAACAUUUUGGGUAUGGUGUUCUCCAUGUGCGGUCUCAUGAUGCGGCUGAAAUGGUGUGCAUGGACUGCUGUGUUCUGCUCCAGCAUUAGCUUCGCCAACUCCAGGGUUUCUGAUGAUACUAAACAGAUUGUUAGCUCCUUCAUGCUGUCAAUAUCAGCCGUGGUCAUGUCAUACCUGCAGAAUCCUCAGCCAAUGUCACCACCAUGGGCUGCCCUCACCACUUAAGUGAACUAUUGUAAUAUAUUAUUUGUUUUAUUAUAUUGAAAUAAAGAUUAUGAUUUGAA